AUGAUAUUGACUGGUACAAAAAGUACUAAUGGAAGGAUGAAAACUUGCAAAAUUCAUGAUCUUCUUUGCCAACUAUGCCUAAGUGAAACUCAUACUGAAAAUGUUGUGUAUAUCAUGAAUGGGAUUGUUCCCUUGCCCUCAGAUGAAGUAGAAGAGAUCAUUCUGGCUGAACUUCAAGAGAAGGAAGUUUAUCCUCCAAUGCAUUGUAGUGGUAUAACUCGUACCUUUAUUUCAAUGGAAUAUUUUUAUUACUACGAUUUUCCAGAAAGGAUUUGUUCGAUUGUUUCAAAGUUCAAGUCACUUAAGGUGUUGGACGUAUUAUCACUCUGGUACGACUUCUCUUGUGUAAUACCUGGAUAUGUUGCUGCAAGAAUUGAGAAAGCUCUUUCACUAGAUAUCUGGAGAAUGUCAGAGCUAAGACAUGUGGAUAUUGAUUCGCCACUAGAUAUAUCUAAUCCCCUUGAGGCAGAAAAUCCCUUGUUUCUGAAUAACUUGCAAAAUCUUUAUCUCUAUAACUCUCAUUUUAUUGUGGAAAUCAUAAAAAGAACUCCCAAUCUAAAAAAGCUAAAGUUCAUAGAUGAAUCUGAGCAUCCUGACUGGUCUGCAAUUCUUGAUUCUCUUACUCUUCUAGAGGAGCUGGAGACGCUACUCAUAAAGCUGGAGAGCAUUGACGUGAACAUUUUCUCUGGAGAUAUUUUGUCUAGUAAAAUCAAGAAAUUAAGUCCUAAUAUCAAGAAAUUGAUAUUAUUAGGUACUUAUAUACCAUGGGAAGUUGUGAAUUUGCUGGCUAAUUUACCUAAUCUUGAGGUGCUCAAAGGGGAUCGUGCAUUCGAUGGAACAGAUUGGAAAUUAGAUGAAGAUGUUGUGUUUUGCAAAUUAAAAUAUCUAUUAAUUGGUGAAGCAGAUCUGGAAAGGUGGGAAGCAACUGGUAGUGAUAAUUUUCCUAUGCUUGAGCAACUAAUACUUUAUGGGUUGGAUACACUGGAAGAGAUUCCGGAGAGUAUUGGAGAUAUAAUGACACUAAAAUUGAUCAAAAUAGAUAAUUGCAGCUCUUCUGAUGAAGAAAGAGAAGGGUACUUGAAGGAAGCUGGUGAUGAUUAUACUGCUUCUCAUUAUAUACUUCCACAUCUUCUCAAUUUAUAUUCAUCACAAGCCAAGGCACAAGAUUUUGAGAUUUAUGGUCCAAAUGCAACAUUUGAAGAUCCCCUUAUGCAUGCAGAGGGGGUAAAGCAGAUUAAAUUGUCAUUCUAUUCGCUUGGGAAGGUGUUCAGUGAGUCGAGAAUCAUGGAGUACAACGUCAUACAGAAAGAAAUUUCUCCUGGAAAUAAAGAGAUUUUAAUUGAAAACAAACAAUAUUACAAGUUCUUGGGGAAAGACAUUCAUAUGAUAUCACUAAUCAAGUUGUACACAGAAGGAGGAAAGGUUGUUCGUCAUGAAGAUUGCUGGGAUAAGAAACCUUUAUGGAAUAGGGAGACAGCGAAGGUACCACUUGUUGGGCGCGUGAUGGAGGUAUCUCGUAGAGCUUCGAUGCUUUUCACACAUCCUCUAAUGGGGUUUGGAAAAGAUCCCUCCAUGUAAAUUGCAGUGCAC